UUUGUUCUUGCAGUUAAUAUGGCAUAAUAUGAUGAACAAUUAAUUAUGUUGUUUUUUUCAUUAGAACAACUUCACCGUGUCAAAAUACAUACACUAUCAUUGAAUAAGUCUUAGCGCUCUAAACAUUCAUCCCAUUAAAGCUUUAUCACAGUAAUUGACAACUCAAAAUUUGACUGAAAAUGACUAGGUGAGCUUCCUGGAAUUGAUUACUGCAAAGCAUCAACAGUAAAUUUUCUUUGCUUUGUGCUAUAUAUACCUCAGAACUAUUCAAUAAAGGAACAAAGCAAAGAUUUCUUGAUUGUUUUGAUCUUUAUAGUGCCGAAAUGGGUUAUGAAAAAAUUGUAUUGUUUCUGCUCUAUGCCUUUCUCUGUAGACUUGCUUUCUCCUCAUCCAUACCACAUUUGUGCCCCAAAGAUCAAGCUCUUGCUCUUCUACAAUUCAAAAAGAUGUUUACCAUAGAUCCUGACGCUUCAUUUUACUGCCACACAUCUUAUCCUAAAAUUCUUUCAUGGAAUAGGAGCAAAGAUUGCUGCUCAUGGAAAGGAGUUAACUGCGACGAGACAACACGCCAUGUGGUUGAGCUUGACCUCGGUUGCAGUCAACUUCAAGGCAAGCUUCAUUCCAACAGUAGCCUCUUCAAACUCUCUAAUCUCAAAAGGCUUAAUUUAUCUGGUAAUGAUUUCUAUGGAUCGCACAUUUCGCCUAAAUUUGGUGAGUUUUCUAGUUUGACACAUCUUGAUUUAUCAAGUUCAGAGUUUUCAGGUCAAAUUCCUUUAGAAAUCUCUCAUCUUUCUAAAUUAUACGUUCUUCGUAUCAAUGAUGAUGUGAGACUUGGACCUCACAAUUUUGAACUGCUCUUUAAGAACUUGACCCAAUUAAGAGAGCUUGAUCUUGACUAUGUCAACAUCUCUUCCACCAUUCCUCUAAAUUUCUCUUCUUAUUUAACAAUUCUACGACUUGCAGACACGCAAUUAUAUGGGACAUUGCCUGAAAGAGUCUUUCACCUUUCCAACUUGAAAUAUCUUGACUUAUGGCACAAUACCCAGCUCGAAGUUAGGUUUCCAAUGAUCAAAUGGAAUAGCAGUACAUCUCUCACGGAUUUAUAUCUCAAUAGUGUGAAUUUUACUGGUAAUAUACCUGAAUCAUUUAGCUAUUUAACUUCAUUGAAUAAACUGGACAUGAGCUCUUGUAAUCUCUCGGGACCUAUUCUAAAACCUCUAUGGAAUCUAACUCGCAUAGAGCUUUUGCACCUUGAAAAUAACCGACUUGAAGGACCAAUUUCCCAGCUCUUCAGAUUCGGUAAUCUCAAGACCUUAUGGCUUGGAAAUAACAACUUUGAUGGCCGACUUGAGUGCUUUAAUGGGACACAACUUAGGGACUUAGUUGUUUCGUCCAAUUCCCUAAUUGGUCCAAUUUCUUCCAGUGUAUUAUCCCUCUCAUCACUAGAAUGGUUAGACUUGAGCAAUAACCAUUUCAGUGGCAAAAUUGGAGAGUUAAAGUCCAAAACAUUGUGGAACGUUGAUCUAACACAAAAUCAGCUGCAAGGUCCUAUUCCAAAGUCACUCCUAAACCAACAGAACCUCCAAUAUCUUCUCCUUUCUCAAAAUAAUCUCAGUGGACAGAUUGAUUCAACCAUCUGCAAUUUGAAAACAUUACUGUUAUUAGAUCUGAGAAGUAAUAAUUUACAGGGAACAAUCCCCGAAUGUUUGGGUGAGAUGGAUAGUAUUCUGGUUUUGGACUUAAACAAUAAUAAUCUUAGUGGGACAAUUCAAGCAAAUUUUAGUAUUGGAAACCGAUUCAGAGUCAUUAAAUUGCAUGGGAAUAAGUUAGAGGGGAAAAUCCCAGGAUCUUUGAUCAAUUGCAAGUAUUUGGAACUACUUGAUUUAGGUAACAAUGAGUUGAACGACACUUUUCCAAAAUGGUUGGGAGUCCUACCAAAUUUGAAGAUUUUAUAUUUGAGAUCAAAUAAGUUGCAUGGGUCCAUCAGAGUGUCAAGAAAUAGAAACUUGUUUUCACAACUUCAAGUUCUGGAUCUUUCAUCCAAUGCAUUUAAUGGGAAUUUACCAACAGGUCUUUUUGAGAAUUUCCAAGCCAUGAAAAUAAAUGAUGAGAACAUGAGAAACCUAACAUUUGUAGAAGAAACAUCUAAUUUGAUAUUUACAACAAAAGGAUUGGAACUUCAAUUUCCUCAUGUUUUGAGUACUAAUAAUAUGGUUAUUGAUCUCUCAAGGAAUAGAUUUGAAGGUUGUAUUCCAAGUACUGUUGGAGGUCUCAUUGGACUUCGUACGUUGAACUUGUCUCACAAUGGCUUAGAAGGUCUUAUACCAGCAUCAUUACAACAUUUGUAUGUACUUGAAUCGUUGGAUCUCUCAUUUAACAAAAUUGGUGGAGGAAUUCCGCAACAACUUGUAUCUCUAACAUCACUUGCAGUCUUAAAUCUCUCUUACAAUCAUCUCGUUGGAUGCAUCCCUAAAGGAAAUCAAUUUGAUACUUUCGAGAACAGUUCAUACCAAGGGAAUGAAGGAUUACGUGGAUUUUCACCCUCAAGAGGCUGUGGUGAUGACGGAGUAACACAAGCAACAACCCCAAAUGUGCUAGAUCAAGGAGAAGAUGAAGAUUCAUCAAUGAUCAGUUGGCUGGCGGUUCUCAUAGGUUACGGUUGUGGAUUAAUUAUUGGACUAUCCAUAAUAUACAUAAUCUCAACUCAAAAUCCAUUAUGGUUUUCCAGGAUAAUUUUAGAACUGGAACAAAGAAUCGUUACGAGAAUGAAAAAACACAAGAAAAGAUAUUAGUGUGUCCAGGUUUCAAGUCUAAUAAGUUGCUGGAGACGCAAAUAUAAGCAUUUGUCUUUCAUAGUCUAUUAUGAUGUUUCUUGAAGUGUUUGUUACCAUAUGAAUAAAGACAUGAGUUUUCUUCCUUUGAGACUCAAACCAUAUAAGAUUGUCUAUGAUAUGCUA